UUUAUUGCACAUGUUUGGCACCACUUCCCACACAGUGCAUAUGGCCAUGGCCUUUGACAGAUACGUGGCCAUUUGUCGUCCCCUUUUCUACAGAACAAUAAUGACCAACAGGAUGAUAGUAAAGCUGAUAGUGCUGUCCUAGUUUGAACUGGUUGGGAUUCAACUGGCUCUGACUGUGAGGCUAAAUUGAUGCAGGACGCUCAUCGCCAACCCUCUCUGUGAUAAUUCCUCACUUUUCAAGCUCUUCAGUGAGAGUAUGAUCAUUAAUAAUAUUGAUGGUCUAACGUUCACUGAGCUUCUGUUUGUAAAAUCUAUUGGCUGCAUUGUUCUCAAGUAUGGGAGCAAAUUGUAGAAAUUUUAAUAUGAGUUUCCAAACCAAAGAAAUGGCGAAGAGACAAGCCGUCUUUGUGAAUUUAUUCUUGUAGACUCUGACUUGCAGAUUCCUCCCCCUCUUCCAUUUUCGAGGACUCUACAAGCUGUGAAAUAUAAUAGCAUCCUUUACAAUACCCUCCAAUCAAUAGGACAUCAAUACUGUCCUAUCAAUUGAACAUGUUCCAUAACUGUCGUGUGUAUUCAGGCUAAAUAUCCAGUUAAUUCAACUUUACCAACAUACAUACACACACAGUCGUGUUUUCAUAUCUUGUGGGGACAUUGACUUUCAUUCAUUUUCUGCAUUUUACCCUUUACCCUACCCCUAACCAAUUAUUAUUAUUAUACAAUUAUUUUAUGACUCUGUUUUUAUAAACCUAAUCCCGUUUAUAUCGUGAAACAAAGGAGAUUUCCUGGUAUUGUAUCCAGACAUCCGUCUUGAUCAGUUUCUACUGGCUAAUUCAAAUAUAUGUCUCUCUCCCAGGAAUCCUGUUACCGGAUAUAUAUGAUGACGUCAUAUCUCAUUACCAGACUUCCUCUUUCCAAUCACCGCACGUCCCGCCUACCGCAAAAUGAAGUGACCUGUCAAAAGCCAGAUGGAAAACUACACCUACAACAGUCCCACACUUCAGCUGGAGGGCUUGCAGUUUGCAGAUUACUCAGGCUGUACUGCUUUGGAUGGAGAACCAAACCUCGGUGAUUCCUCUCAACCAGCCGAUUGUGUUUGAACUGCAGGGCUUUGAUGUUCAACCAGGCAACGGACCGUUCAUGUUUCUGUUGGCUUUGCUCGCCUACAUAGCGGCGCUACUGGGGAACGGUGUGGUGAUCUGUGUUAUUAUGACAGACAAGAACCUGCACAGACCCAUGUUUGUUAUGAUCUGUCACCUCAUGGUCUGUGACCUGCUGGGGGCCACAAUGGUGCUUCCUCGCCUCAUGAUGGAUCUGUUGAUGGAGCUGAAGAAGAUCGCCUACAUCCCAGCCAUCGUCCAGGCAUUCUGCGCUCACACAUACGGUGCAGCAAUGUCGACUGUUUUAGCUGCGAUGGCUAAGGACAGGUAUGUGGCAGUGUGUGAGCCUCUCAGGUAUCACUCCAUCAUGACUUCGGCUCGGCUGCACAGCUGCUGCGCUGUGGCCUGGAUCGUUGCUCUGCUGCUCAUCGCUGUGCUCUUCUCCUUCCACAUGAAUGUCCCGCUGUGCGGUCGACUCAUCCAAAAUGUCUACUGCAGCAACCGGGGCAUCCUGAACCUGGCCUGCAUUCCCACUCCUGCCAACAACAUCUAUGGUCUAGCGAUGACCUGGACUUUAAGCACAGGGACCUUCAUCAUCAUCGCCUAUUCCUACAUCAGGAUCCUGACUGUUUCCUUAAAACAAGGCAGAACAAACCGCAGCAUCCGCAGCAAGGCUUUUCAGACCUGUGCUCCACACAUUGUUGUUUACAUUCUCUUUCAAAUCGCUUCACUGAUUGUGAUUUUAAUUCAGAGGUUCCCCUCUCUUUCCCAAAACAUGAAAAAGUUCUUCAGCAUCCUCAUCUUUAUCGUUCCCCCGAUCCUCAACCCCAUCAUCUAUGGACUGGUCAGUAAGGACCUGAGGGUCAGCUUUAUCAAACGUUUCUCAACCAGAGUAAGAAACAAAACUUAGCGCUAACACUGCAGCUGCUGUUCUCACAUUAUCUAACUCCUCUGGUGGAACUUAUGAUUCUUAUAGAUGCUGUAAAAAGUUUAGAUCGCUCAUGAUCUAAGAGGUCGCACAUCAUUUGGUAUCUGUGACUGAUAGAGGUGUGUAUGCAUGUUUUUAUUUAACCAGGAAAAUAACUUAACUGAGAUUAAAACCGUCUUUUCCAAGAGUUACUGGGCCAACACAGCAGCAAAAAGCAGCAAAUCCAAAAUUUAAGACCAAAUACACACAACCAAGAGACUGCGUUUAACCAAACAAAGGUUUAGUACCAGGAGGUGAGGGAUCUGAUGCCUCUGCCCUUCAUAAUGGAUUGAAUUGCCCCAAGGUAAUAAGAGGUGAUAACUUUACAUCCUUCAGUUUACUAUUCCAGGUGGCAGAAAAUGUGAAAGCCUUUUUACCCAACAUGACACAUAAAACCACCAACAAUCCAUGUGCAAAGAACACAACAAGCUGCUUUGUA